UUUGGACAGUGCAGAGAAGAAAGGGGGAGCUUAAAGCAUCACUGGAUUUUUGGGUGAAAGAAGAGGAUUAACUGGCUCCUCUAAAUCAGGGAGGACAAACAAACAAACAAACAAACCGAGAACAUUAAUAAUGGCGUGCCAGUACAAGUCCUUCUUCGUCUUCUUCGUCAGAGCUGGGGUUCUCCUGGGUCUGGCCAAUCCACUGGUGACCUCAGCCUCCUGUCCAUCACAGUGCCGGUGUGAUGGGACUUUCAUCUAUUGCAAUGACCGGGAGCUGACUUCUAUUCCUACAGGAAUCCCACAGGACGCCACCGUCCUCUUCCUACAGAACAACCGAAUUAAGAGCGCAGGCAUCCCUGCUGAUCUGCGGAGACUCAACGACGUGGAGAAGAUCUACCUAUAUUGCAACAACUUGGACGAGUUUCCUACCAACCUUCCCGUGAACGUCAAGGAGCUCCACCUUCAGGAAAACAACAUCCGGACUAUCACGCAUGCCUCGUUGGCACAAAUUCCCUUCAUUGAGGAAUUACACUUGGACGACAAUUCCGUGUCCGCCGUCAGUAUAGAGGAGGGAGCGUUCCGUGACAGCAACCACCUGAGGUUACUCUUCCUUUCACGCAAUCACCUGAGCACUAUUCCCUCUGGUCUGCCCAUGACCAUCGAGGAGCUUCGCUUCGAUGACAACCGCAUCUCCUCCAUUUCUGAGGCAUCCCUGCAAGAUCUGAUCAAUCUAAAACGUCUGGUGCUGGAUGGCAAUCUCUUGAACAACAGGGGUAUUGGGGAAAUGGCCUUUGUUAAUUUGAUCAACUUGACCGAGCUUUCACUGGUGCGUAACUCCCUCACAUCGCCACCUGCCAACCUGCCGGGCACCAGCCUUGAGAAAUUACAGCUGCAGGACAACCACAUAGACAGGGUACCAGUAGGUGCCUUUGCUUUCCUACGCCAGCUGUACCGCCUGGAUCUGUCUGGCAACAAAUUGAGCAGCCUGCCCAUGGGGGUCUUUGAUGACCUAGAUAACCUUACCCAUCUGCUGCUGCGCAACAACCCAUGGCACUGCAGCUGCAGAAUGAAGUGGGUGCGAGACUGGCUGCGCUCAUUGCCCUCCAAGGUCAAUGUGCGGGGCUUUAUGUGCCAAGGUCCUGAUAAGGUCAAAGGUAUGGCUAUUAAGGAUCUAGCCACAGAGCUCUUUGGUUGCUCUGAAACGGAGGUCUCUCCGACAUACGAGACCAGCACGGUCUCCAUCACGCUGCCACCAUCUCGACCCCAAUGGCCCGUUUACGUGACUAAAAGACCAGUGAUUAAGGGGCCAGACUUUGGAAAGAACUAUCGCAGUACUACGCCACCAAGUCAUAAGAUCAUCACAAUAAGUGUUAAAUCCAGCACUCCAGACACGGUGUACAUAUCCUGGAGGGUAUCUCAGCCGAUGACUGCCCUGCGACUCAGCUGGUUAAAACUGGGCCACAGCCCUGCGUUCGGAUCCAUCACCGAGACCAUCGUGCAGGGGGAUAGGACGGAGUACUUGCUUACAUCUCUGGAGCCCGAAUCCUCCUAUCGGAUAUGCAUGGUUCCUAUGGAGACCAGUAAUAUUUACCUGUCAGAUGAGACACCUGUUUGCAUAGAGACAGAAACAGGCUCCUUAAAAGCAUAUAACCCCACUACGACCUUAAACAGGGAGCAGGAGAAGGAGCCUUACAAAAAUUCUAGCCUGCCUUUAGCUGCUAUUAUAGGAGGAGCCGUCGCACUUUCGGCCAUCAUAAUGCUGGCACUAGUGUGCUGGUACAUCCACAGGAAUAGUUCUUUGUUUUCCAGGAAUUGCACAUACAACAAAGGGCGCAGGAGGAAGGACGACUACGCGGAGGCUGGCACGAAGAAGGACAACUCCAUCUUGGAGAUUAGAGAGACUUCCUUUCAAAUGAUUCCCAUCAAUCACAUGCCAGUGUCCAAGGAAGAGUUUGUGAUACACACGAUUUUUCCUCCUAAUGGCUUAAACCUUUACAAGACUCCACACAGUGAAAACAGUAUCAACAACAGAAGCUACAGAGACAGUGGAAUACCAGAUUCAGACCACUCCCAUUCAUGAUAACGUGUGCAGAUUUAAAAAAGACGUUUUAUUACGAGCGACUGACGUCAGGACUGCCCGGUCUUUUACAAAACACACUGGAUUGAAAAGACUGAGAAAGCAAUGUUCUGUACAUUUGCCAUAUAAUUUAUAUUUAAGGACGGUUUAUUAAAAGAAACAAGGCUACAAAUUGCAGGCCAUCGCUGAGUCCUCAGUGUUGUGCUGUCAACAACUGCAAUUAUAUAUUUUAGAGGUUUGUAGUAAUUUGUACUGUACAUCCUUUGCUUAAGGUUUCAGACCAAUUAAAAAAAAAAAAAACACACAAAAAAAAAAAGUCUUUGUGCUCGACUGAGAUAUCAACUGUGAAAGUGGGUUUUCUUUGCCGUGUUAAACAAUCAGAGUUUAGAGAACCUCGUAGAAGCACAGGUCAUAAUUUUCACAAUGUCGUUCUCAGAAGAAAAAAGAAAUAAAUUUAAAAAAGGCAAAAAAAUAUAUAUAUAUAAAUAAAUAAAAAUGGCCGACGGGAAUAUAGGGCACAGUUGAUUAAAUGGUUAGAAGAGCUUUUUUUUUUUUUUCCUCCCCGUCUUAUCUGUAUUGGACAAACAUAGACGUGUUGCGGUUUAACAGAACCUCAAAAAUAUGUUAGGGAUCUUAGUUGACAUUUCAACAGUGUUGUCAGGCUUUAAAGUCUCUGCUAUUUCUGGCAUAUGGAGAUAUACUUCUUCCUUUUGUUCCUGAGGGAGGUAGCACAGCACAGAGCCCAGUAACGUGUUGCUCAGCUGGGUACGCUUGUCCAGCACAGGACCAGCAAAGCACAGAAAUAAUGAGAGGUGGCUACACGGUGACAGUGUUCCUGUCAACAGGGGGAAAUCCCUCAAUUGUGUACCCGUCGUACUUGUAAAUGAUGCUCUCUCUAACAGAGGAACACAAUCGGGGCGGAGAUAAAGAUAUGAUAAACAUACAUGGAUUCUUUUUUUUUCUUCUUCUUUUUUUACUUUGAAUACAAGUGUGAACUAUUUUUGUUUAUAAUAAUUAUUAUCAUCAUCUGUAAUUUUUUUUUUCCUCCAAUGUUCAAGCCACUUUUAUGUUGCGACAACUGAAAGUUAAUUGUUCCUUACCAACUGAAGACCAAAGUGCAUAUAUUGCCCUUUGGCCAGUCUUGUAUGUGCCUUGAUACAAUGCUUCUUGUAUUUAGCUUUUUAAAAGAAUUAAAAAAAAAAAAAAAAAGAAAAAAAAAAAUCGGUGAGUUAACUUUUUUUCAUACACACUUGAAUAUGAUAAACUAUUGGUCAUAUUGCAAAAUAAAAGUGGACAAAAUCGACUAGGCGGCCUCCGCUUCUUUUGCACGCAUUCACAUUGCAGGGGGAGCGUUUGGAGGAUAUUGUUUGAGUGGCUAAUCGUGAAGGAGUUAAAUGAGGCACAGUGUGGAGCAAGGUUUCACAUGACUGCCAACCACAAGGGGGGAUGUGUUUAAUAACGAUCGAGUAUACGGAAAGUGACAUGAGCCCUACUGGGGCUGCCUGUCACUACACCAGUCAGGCCAUGCACAAAGUGCCAUUCACAUUUACACACAAGCUCAGCUGUGUGCAUAUAGCUGAACACA